CAAUGCGAGAACUCUAUCUUGUAUUUCUAGUAUCUUUGGCGAACACCUAGAAUUUUAGAACAACGUCAUGGUCAAUCGAAAAUCUAAUUUUUACUGGGCCUAUUCUUUCUAGCCUGUGUAGACCAAUGCACCAAGAGCUGAGUUAGAAUUCAACAUUUUGUUCAACCAAAAAAUGUUGCAUAUCAUCAAACGAGUUAUUUGCGGUAGUAUCAAUUUCAAUUACCAAUUGAAUAGAUGCUGGAAUAGGGGCUCUACUGUAGCCAUACAAUGCCUAAGUGUCAGUAGAAGGGAUGGUUUUUGUAGCAAACCUAUAAGCCGUUACCCAAUCCCAAGAAAGGAAGAUCUUGAUGAAGACAUACAGGCAAGAAUGGAUGAAGUUGAGGAGAAGACUAAAUUUAUACCGAAUGUGUUCAAAGCUUUGGCUCACCGACCAGCUGAAUUCCGCGCCUUCUUUGAUUAUUACGAUGCAUUGAUGAUGAAAGAAACCGGCUCAUUAACAAAAGCUGACCGUGAAUUAAUUGUGGUGGCAACAAGUUCGUACAACAACUGUCAGUACUGUGUUGUAUCCCAUGGUGCUUUGCACAGAAUAUUUUCAAAAAAUCCUGUUAUUGCCGACCAGGUUGCAGUAAAUUGGAAAUGUUCUGACAUUGAUGAUCGGCAAAGAGCUAUGUUACAGUUUGCAAUGGUAGUCUGCAAAUCACAGACUGUGACUGAGGCCCAUUUUGAAGCUCUUGAGAAGCAUGGAUUUGAUCGGGAAGAUGCUUGGGACAUUGGCGCUAUUGCGUCUCUGUUUGCAUUGUCUAACCGAAUGGCACACUUGACUAAUAUGAGGCCAAAUGAAGAAUUCCAUCUCAUUGGCAGGCUUCCUAAGAAGGAUAAUUAAAUAGAACAUACAAUCACACAGUGGCGUUUCUCGCACCCCCCCCCUCCCCCCCCCAA